CACAGACCAAGGGCAGCGGGUCAGGCCAGCUCGGGACGCGGUGCCUGACGCGACGGGAGGGAGUGGGCCCCAGGAUGGAUUUCGGGGCCCUGGAGACAGUGGUGGCCAACUCCGCCUUCAUUGCUGCCCGGGGCAGCAUCGACGGGAGCGGCGGCCCGUCCUCCCGAGACAGGAGGUACCUGGCCAGGCUGAAGCUGCCCCCGCUCUCCAAGUGCGAGGGGCUCCGGGAGAGCCUGGACCUGGACUUCCGCAGUGUGUGCUCCGAGCAGCCCAUCGGCAAGCGGCUCUUCCAGCAGUUCCUGAGGGUGGACGAGAGGCACGUGCCGGCCCUGAGGCUCUGGAAGGAUGUCGAGGACUACGACUUGGCCGACGACGACCUCCGGCCGCAGAAGGCCCAGGCCAUCCGGGCCGAGUACCUGGACCCCCAGGCCAAGCUCUUCUGCAGCUUCCUGGACGAGGGGACGGUGGUGCGGGCCAGGGAGGGGCCGGUGGCCGGCGAGGACGGGCCCUUCCAGCCCCUCCUGCAGGCCACCCUGGAGCACCUGAGCCAGACCCCCUUCCAGGAGUUCCUGGGCAGCCUGCACUUCCUGCGGUUCCUGCAGUGGAAGUGGCUGGAGGCCCAGCCCAUGGGGGAGGACUGGUUCCUGGACUUCAGGGUUCUGGGGCGUGGCGGCUUUGGGGAGGUGUCGGCCUGCCAGAUGAAGGCCACUGGCAAGAUGUACGCAUGUAAAAAGCUGAACAAGAAGCGGCUGAAGAAAAGGAAGGGGUACCAGGGCGCGAUGGUGGAGAAGAAGAUUCUCGCCAAAGUCCACAGCAGGUUCAUAGUGUCUCUGGCCUAUGCCUUCGAAACCAAGACCGACCUCUGUCUGGUGAUGACCAUCAUGAAUGGAGGUGACAUAAGGUACCACAUCUACAAUGUGGAUGAGGAGAACCCGGGCUUCCCGGAGCCGCGCGCCGUCUUCUACACAGCCCAGAUCAUCAGUGGCCUGGAGCAUCUGCACCGGCACCGCAUCGUCUACCGAGACCUCAAGCCCGAGAACGUGCUCCUGGACGAUGACGGCAAUGUCCGAAUUUCCGACCUUGGGCUGGCCGUGGAGCUGAAGGACGGGCAGACCAAGACCAAGGGCUACGCAGGGACCCCGGGUUUCAUGGCCCCGGAGCUCUUGCGGGGAGAGGAGUACGACUUCUCUGUGGAUUACUUUGCCCUGGGGGUCACGUUGUACGAGAUGAUUGCAGCCAGAGGACCCUUCCGAGCCCGCGGAGAGAAGGUGGAGACCAAGGAGCUGAAGCAGAGGAUCCUCGAGGAGGCAGUCACUUACCCCGACAAGUUCAGCCAGGCCAGCAGGAGCUUCUGCGAGGCGCUGCUGCAGAAGGACCCCGAGACGCGCCUGGGCUUCAAAGACGGCAGCUGUGACGGGCUCCGUGCCGACCCCCUCUUCAGGGACAUCAGCUGGCGGCAGCUGGAGGCCGGGCUGCUCGUGCCCCCCUUCACCCCGGACUCCAGGACCGUCUACGCAAAGAACAUCCAGGAUGUGGGGGCCUUUUCCACGGUCAAGGGGGUGGUCUUUGACAAAGCAGACACAGACUUCUUCGAAGAGUUUGCCACUGGCACCUGCUCCAUCCCCUGGCAAGAGGAGAUGAUUGAGACCGGUGUCUUUGGGGAGCUGAAUGUGUGGCGCUCUGAUGGGCAGAUGCCAGAUGACAUGAAGGGGGUCUCUGUGCAGGCAACCCCCCCGUCCAAGUCGGGAAUGUGUCUGGUGUCCUAGAUGACCGGGCCUCCGGGAGUCAGCGGAGCUGCCAGCAGUGAACGACCAGCCCCCGCCAGGCCACCUGCAUGGCCGUGGCUGAGCUGCUUUCUCCCGGGCACCCGGGCAGGAGGGUGGAGGCUGGUCUGGCCAGAUCUACCAGGCUGGGUCAGGAGCCCCAGCCUGUAAGCUGUACCUGGAUGGAACCCGCCGACCUCGCAGGGCUCUCCAGGGCCCCCGCAGUGGACGUGCGCGCUGGCGGAGGUUUGGUGUCCUGCCACCGUAACUGCACCUUCCCAGAGCCCUGCCUUCUCUCGGUUGGGUCAGAGGUUGGCAAUCCGCGGCCUGUGGCUGGAGAGGCCCAGACCUCGGGCCUGGCUUGUUUCCUCGGCACCCGGAUCUUGUCCCCACCCUCCAGCCACCUGGUCACCGCCAGGGCCCAGGCUGGUCACCACCUGAAUGUCGCUGUCCGGGGACCAGAUGUCCAGGAUGAGGGGAGGGUGUUGGGGCCUGAGGGUGAGACUGACUCUGGUGGCCACCCCUCUUGGCUUUUCUUUAUCCCAAGAAUGUCUCCAGACAAUGGCAAAGCUGCCCCCACCCCUUGCCCCAGGCAGACGGGACGGGGCGGGUCACAGCUUUUUUAAGCACCUGCCACCCCCUAGCUCUGCCUCUUGGGCCGCAAGGCCCAACCGUUUCUGUCUGUCCAUCCCGAUCUUAUCUCCCAGGUCUGCUCUGGCCAGUCCUGUGACCUGGGGUUUGCUGACUGAGGCCAUUAGUGUCCGCCUCCCCCAUCUCCCCAGCAGCGGCAGCCCUAAGCCUCUCUCUGGUCUGACCAGCCCCAGGCACCACCUUUGCGGGGGUUGGUGUUUCCAGCUGCACCUGAGCCUCCCAGUGCCCCCGAGUGUUCACCCAGUUCAACCUGGAGAACAUAUUUUUGGAGCAGCUGCUUCUGGAGCCCCUAACCCGGCCGAGAAACCCGACACCCCACGGAGGGCUCAGCCUGAGAGCAGACAGGGGAGGAGCUGGGAUUUGGGGCCUGGGGACCCACUUCCAGAAGAGGGGUCUCUGACCUUUUCUUAGGGGAGAACUUCUGAGUUCCCUGCCACUCAGGCACAAGUGGCAGGAGGAGGGACAGCUGAACUGCAUGCUGGUCCAGCAGGGCACCUGGGGCCCCGAGGACAUCAGUGGGGCUUCUGCCGUCACCUGGCUGGUGCGGCUGAUGUUGGGUCCCGCCGGGGAUGGAAAAGUGCAGUCCUCCAUAGACCCCCACGUGCCUGGGGGUCCUGCCAACCUUCUAGCCACGGCACAGACAGCUGCCCCAUGGGAUUCAACAGAGCGUGGGGCACCUCCGU